ACAACAAACUUGUAAAAGAGCGACAAAAAAAAAAAAUCAAUUGCAAAAAAUAACAGUGGAAUCCAAGCUAAGCCACAUCGCUUAUCGGCAACAAUUAAAAGCUGAAAUCGGUUAAGCGCAUACAAGUUCAGCAGCUUAUCAAAGCGAAAGGCGUCAACAGUUUGGAUUCGCAGUUUCGAGUGCUAUUCGCGUUGGCAGUGAUUUUUGCAAGUGCAAAGCAGCAAAGCAAAAGAACAAACGAAAAGAGAAAAUCUGACGCUGCCGGCGCUGGCAUUACCAAUACAUAUAUUAAUUAUUUUCUAUUUGUUAUUGGUGCUGUGGCUGUCGAGUUCUUUUAUUAAAAUUUCAAGCAACCAUAUUGCUGCUCUGGAGGCGAAUACAACAGCAACAACAAAAACAAAAACAACGAGAGCAACAAAAGCAGCGCACGCAUCAACUGCGACGUCGACGUCGACGAAAUGGCGUUAAAAAAAGUGAAGGGAAAUUUCGAGCGCAUGUUUGAUAAAAACUUGACAGACCUUGUGCGCGGCAUACGAAAUAACAAGGAUAAUGAGGCCAAAUACAUAUCGCAGUGCAUUGAGGAAAUCAAACAGGAGCUGCGUCAGGACAAUAUCAGCGUCAAGUGCAAUGCUGUGGCCAAGCUGACCUAUAUACAAAUGCUCGGAUAUGACAUCUCGUGGGCAGGCUUUAAUAUAAUUGAGGUGAUGAGUUCCUCGCGCUUCACAUGCAAGCGAAUUGGUUACCUGGCCGCCAGUCAAUGCUUUCAUCCGGACAGCGAGCUACUCAUGCUAACCACGAACAUGAUACGCAAGGACCUCAACUCACAGAAUCAAUACGAUGCCGGCGUGGCGCUGAGCGGUCUUAGUUGUUUUAUAUCGCCAGAUUUAUCGCGGGAUCUGGCCAAUGAUAUUAUGACACUGAUGAGCUCGACCAAACCAUAUCUGCGCAUGAAGGCUGUGCUGAUGAUGUAUAAGGUAUUCUUGCGCUAUCCCGAAGCCUUGCGACCUGCAUUUCCCAAACUGAAAGAGAAGCUCGAGGAUCCGGAUCCAGGUGUACAAUCGGCUGCUGUUAAUGUCAUUUGUGAGCUGGCGCGCAAGAAUCCAAAAAACUAUCUUCCUUUGGCGCCUGUGUUUUUCAAGCUCAUGACCACGUCGACAAAUAAUUGGAUGCUAAUUAAGAUAAUUAAACUGUUUGGCGCUUUAACUCCCUUAGAACCCCGGCUAGGAAAGAAAUUAAUAGAGCCACUCACAAAUCUAAUUCAUAGCACAUCGGCAAUGAGCCUCCUCUACGAGUGCAUCAACACGGUCAUCGCGGUGCUCAUCAGCAUCAGCAGCGGCAUGCCCAACCACAGUGCCUCCAUACAGCUGUGCGUGCAGAAGCUGCGCAUCCUUAUCGUGGACUCCGACCAGAAUCUCAAAUACUUGGGCCUGCUGGCCAUGUCAAAGAUACUGAAAACACAUCCGAAGAGUGUGCAGACGCACAAGGAUUUGAUAUUGGCGUGCCUGGACGACAAGGACGAGUCGAUACGAUUACGCGCCUUGGAUCUGCUAUAUGGCAUGGUAUCGAAAAAGAAUCUCAUGGAGAUUGUGAAACGCCUGCUCGGCCACAUGGAGCGCGCCGAGGGCUCAGCGUAUCGCGAUGAGCUGCUCUACAAAGUGAUCGAGAUAUGUGCCCAAAGUUCCUAUCUGUAUGUGACCAAUUUCGAGUGGUACAUGACCGUGCUCGUCGAGCUAAUCCAACUGGAGGCCGGCUCCAAGCACGGCCGCCUGAUUGCCGAGCAACUGCUGGACGUGGCCAUACGUGUGCCCGUGGUGCGUCAAUUUGCCGUCGUCGAGAUGACCAAUCUGCUGGACACGUUCGCCAUUUCGACGCAAAGCAACUCCAUGUACGAGGUGCUGUAUGCGGCCGCCUGGAUUGUGGGUGAAUUCUCUGGCGAACUGGCCGAUGCCGAGAAGACCCUCAACAUAUUGCUGCGACCGCGUCAACUACCUGGCCACAUCCAGGGCGUCUAUGUGCAGAAUGUGAUCAAGCUCUUUGCACGCCUGGCCACCUCCUGUCUCGAGCUGCAGGAUUUGCCCGGCAUUGUGCGCCUGUGCGAUCAUGUGCUGGAAAAGCUGCAGCACUUCAAUGGCUCCAGCGACAUUGAGGUGCAGGAGCGUGCCAACUCCGCCUGCAUGCUUAUCGAAAUGCUGCGCAAGCAACUGACUGCAGCUGUGGGGGAUGAUGAGGAGGCGACAACGGGAUCAAUACCAAGCAUGGCAAUUGAGAUUGUCCAGGAGAUGGCACUGCUCUUUGCCGGCGACCUGAUACCCGUGGCGCCCAAGGCGCAGCGCAAGGUGCCGCUGCCGGAUGGGCUUGACUUGGAUGAGUGGAUCAAUGCACCGCCUCCGGAGGACGCCAGUAGCUUCUCUUCGGAGCACGACAAGGAUGAGUUAUUUGUCAGCUCAGCUCACGAUGGCACCGGUGUCGGCCAUACAGACGUCAAGCGACGCAAGAGCCUCGAGCUGACACCGGAACAACUGGAGCGUCAGCGCAUGGCGCGUCUCAUCGAACAGUCAAACAAUCCGCACUACCUGAAGUCAGCGCCAAUCUCUGCAUCCGCUGCCAUCGGCAGCAGCAGCAAUAACUCCAAUGCGGAUCAGUAUGACAAUAUUGAUGACAUACCCAUAACUGAGCUCCCACUGGACAUCGAGGGCGUAUCCGCGCUGCGUGUGGGCAUUACGAAACGUUCGGACAAGUAUCUGAAGGAGCAGCAGGCGGCCGCUGCGGCGCACAGUAGCAAAGAUGGCAAAAAGAAGCAUAAAAAGAGCAAGAAGAGCAAAAAAUCAAAAAACAAACUAGCCUACAACAGCAGCUCCGAAUCGGAUGCGGAACCGAAGCCUCUACAUAUUGUGAACACAACGCUGGACAUGCCCGAGGGCGUUACGCUGUCCGACAGCGAGGAUAAGGACGGCAAAUACGAUCCAAACGAUCCACACCGUGCACUUGACAUUGAGCUAGACAUGGCUGAUUUUGAAGCGCCGACAAAGUCAUCCAAGGCUGCGUCAGCUGGCAAAGAAAAUCUCAAGGCGCAAACUCAAGCCACGUCCAGUUCAGCAGGCACGGGCACAGGUACAGGCACAGGUGAAGUGGCUGGUAAGAAGGCUAAGAAAUCAAAAGACAAGACACGCGAGCAUAAAACGCGCAAGGUUCAUCCAGAGCCCGAUUUGAUCGAUACGGGGAGCAGUCCCUGCCGGACAGCCACAGACAACGACGGCGGCGGCAGCAGCACCAACAACAAUAACAUUAACAAUAACAACAACAACAACAACACUGUCCAACCCGAAGCUGUCCAUAGUCAGCAGAAAAAGAAGAAGCGCGAGAAGAGCGAGCGCAGUGAAAAGAGGGCGCACAAAUCAAGCAAAAAACCAAAUGAUGACGCACCCACAAUCACAAGCUCCGCGAACAUUAUCGAUGUGGGGUUUGAACUGGCCGGCGCACAGCCGGCAGAGCCGCAAGCCGAGGCGGCCGUCAGCAAGGGGCAUAAGAAGAAGCAUAAGAAAGACAAGUCGCAGCACAAGGAGAAGCGGACACAGGAGUCGGCCGCCUCCGACUACGAACAGCCUAUGGGCAUUUCGACGCCCAGCAAAGAGAUUUUCUAGGUACUAAAUAAUGGAAUAAAACACGCAUCUUCAUCAAUGGAUCCAUUCACGAUUUCCAUGCAAUAUGCAUAGUUAAGAACUUUGCCAUUAAGUUUGAAUAAUGCCUACUCCUAAUCCUACGUCUAAAUUAUCGCUGCGAUAUAAAAACAAGUUGAACAAAUUUAAAACAAGUACUAGUAAUAUUUGUGAAGCAAACAA